CAUAUACUUCCUCUUUCAUCCUCCAUCUUGAAAAAUGGCACCCGCCAAGAAGGGCGAGAAGAAGAAGAAGUCGGCCAUAAGUGAGGUGGUCACUCGUGAAUACACAGUCAAUGUCCACAAAAGGAUCCAUGGCAUUGGAUUCAAGAGGAGAGCCCCACGUGCUGUCAAGGAGAUCCGUAAGUUUGCUGAAAAAAUGAUGGGCACCCCAGAUGUCCGAAUCGACACCAGACUCAACAAACACAUCUGGUCCAAAGGAGUCAGAAAUGUCCCCUACAGAGUACGUGUGCGAUUGGCCAGGAAAAGAAAUGAAGAUGAAGAUUCCCCACACAAGCUCUACACUCUGGUUACAUAUGUACCAGUAGCUAGCUUCAAAGGUUUAUCCACAGUAAACGUUGAUGGAGAAUAAAAUGGACAUUACUAUCUAAGAACAUUGAAAAUACUGUAAAAAAUACAAACAAAAUAAACCGCCUUUAAAUGGAAA